UUCUAUCCAUCUAAAUCAGUAGUAAUCCAUGGCUUCUUCUGUUCUUAUUCAAACACCCUCACUGUUUCUCAGUACUAUUCUCCUUCUAUUCUGCUUCAUUUCACUCUGUAAUGCACAAGCUAGUUCUACAUCCCGGCCUAAAAGGAUCAUCCUUCCCAUAACAAAAGAUGCAUCCACUCUACAGUAUCUGACACAAAUCAAGCAAGGAACUCCUCUAGUCUCCAAAAGCCUAGUUCUUCACAUCGGUGCUGAACUUUUAUGGGUUGACUGCGAGAAAGGCUACAUUUCAUCAACCAACCGUUCAAUCAAUUGCUUCUCAAACCUCUGCAAGAAGCUCAAACCGAAGUACGGCCCUGGAACAUGUAUUAAGGGUAAGCGAGCUGGAUAUAGAGGGCAAUGGUUCUGUGUUGUUACCCCUCACAACGAUGUAUCUCCGAAUCAAUCAAAAUCUGUAUAUGGUUCAGGUGAUCUCUCUUCUGAUGUCGUAUCUGUACAAUUAUUUAUAAAUGGGUCUAAAGCAGGUCCAAGUGCAAAGGUUCAAAGGUUUGCAUUCGGCUGUGGUUCAACGUCUCUCUUAAAAGGACUUGCUAAGGGUGUUAAAGGGAUAACCAGUUUUGGCCGCAGUGAACUUUCAUUACCUUCACAAUUUGCAUCCGCCUUUCGCAUCCCACGCAUAUUCGCUAUGUGUUUACCAUCAGUAACAUCUUCAGAUUCUAGAGGCGCCGUGGUUUUUGGCGGUGGACCUUACAACAUGCCACUAGGAAAUGAAAUCUCAAAGCAACUUACCUAUACGCCUCUGAAAAUCAAUCCCAAUGACCCAGCAGAGUAUAACAUUCAAGUAACAGCGAUUACUAUUGACAGGAAACAGGUUCCAAUUGAUAGCAAAUUGUUUGGAUGGACGAAGAUUAGCACGGUGAUUCCGUAUACUAUCAUGCACACAUCAAUUUACAAAACCUUCACGCGCGUUUUCAUUGAGAAGGCUAAAGGUAUGAAUAAUAUUACUCAGGUGGCUCCGGCAGCACCGUUUGGCGUUUGUUUUAGUGAUCAGAAUAUCUGGCUCAACCGCCUCGGACCUAUGGUGCCGCAAGUCGAUCUGGUCAUGCACAAAGCAGAUGUAAAAUGGAGCCUGUUCGGAUCAAAUUCCAUGGUGAGAGUUAAUGAUGAUGUUUACUGUUUGGCAUUCGUUGAUGGAGGUAAGAAGAAAAUGGAUUCAGCCAUUGUUAUCGGUGGGUAUCAGAUGGAGGAAAAUCUGUUGGAGUUCAAUCUUGCAAAAUCAACUCUUGGGUUUAAAUCAUCACUUCUUGGCAUAACAAGUUGCUUAACCCUGAUUGAAGGCUAACUUUAGGUGGUCAGUAGUGGCUUACAGUUAGAUAGUACUAUUCCAAAACAAAGAUUAGGGGUUCACUUGAUUAGCAAAUAAUUACUGCUUCAUUUUCAGGCUCGAAACCCGUGGUCGACACCAUUACCGGUAGAAGCAGUUGACAAUUGAAUCCAUUUUUCCCAUUAUUUGCGCA